AUGAACCCUACCCUGAAACCAAACGGAAAGGCUCCUCCCAGAACUCGUCGGACUAGAGCCCAAAUAGAAGAGGAUCUCCUUGCUUCCGGAAUACCAGCCAACAUUCGAGCAACCCCAGCUGCCAUCAAGCGCUCUUGUAUCGCCGCGCAAAAACGCUUGCGUUGUGACUCGGCGCAGCUACCUGAUGUCGAAGUUGAUGGCAGUAGUACCUCUGAUGGGCACGAUCACUCGGUGGUCAUUCCUGUGAAACGAGCUGAGGCAAACCCACGCAGCAAAACAAGCGUCCCAGCCCCAGCGCGCUUCUCGAGCCCCGAUGCCGAGGAAUUAGAAGCUUAUCAAGAGCUGUUCAAUUCACAACCACCUCAGCUGAGUGUUCCCCUCAGCGCCGAUCAACGUGUAAACGCCCAUUAUCGUGCCUUUCUGGACAACGAUCUCGAUUCCCAACCCCCAACUCCAAAAGUCCCAGAGGUACCAUCACCUGCAAUGGCCAAUCAAUUCAAGCGACCAGCUUCAAAGCCUGUCGCACGCCGACGCGCCAAAAAGGACACUUUGACCGCCGAGGAACGAAUGUUGGACGACUCCUCAGAAGAAGACGUCAACGUGGCCAACCCCGUGGUGGCCUUACCUAUUGCGACUCAAAGCCGCACUGCAACGUCUCUGAGUGUAUUUGAGUAUCUGUCUUCAUGA